CUUUUGGUGACACAAGUCGCUUAGUAUCAGACGGACUUUCACAAUCACAGCCUGAAGCUUCUUGGUCGGAUCAGUGAUUUUGCACAAAGAUGACAAACAUCAGUUAUGUUACCAGCAGAGUCCCAGAAGAGCCGGUUGAACUGUGUACCAGGGAUGAUGAUAACAAACUGGGAGCAAAUCUGUCUUACAUUUACUACUUCAUGUUUGUCUUCAGUGUUAUCACCAACCUGCUGGUUCUGGUUAUCAUCUACCGGUUCGAGAGGCUGACCACUGUGAUCAACAUCUUGCUGCUGAACCUGGUGGCGUCCUCCCUGAUCUUAAUGAGCAGCCUUCCCUUCCAGGCCGUCUACAUGCAGAAAUCUGAAUGGAUUUUUGGCUCAGCUAUGUGCAAGAUCGUCUUCAGCGUCUACUACCUGGGUUUUUACAGUUCUGUUUUCUUUUUAACUCUGCUGACUAUUGAUCGCUAUGUUUCUGUUGUGUUUUCACUGACUUCAACAAAUGUUAGGAAUCAACGUUACGCAGUCAUUUCCAGUGCAGUGGUGUGGGUGAUCAGUGGUUUGGCUUGCAUUAGGCCCAUGAUCCUCCAUGGCACCUAUAGGCAUUGGGGCACUGAGUACUGUGAGGAGUUUGCUCAUAUUGAUGGUAUGAAUGUAGAGAAGCUCAAAAAAUCUGGAUUUUAUAUUCAGCUUUGUGUCUUCUUGAUCCUCCCUCUGGCUAUUAUCAUAUUUUGUUAUGCUAGGAUUGUGAUUACUGUCAAAAAGUCCCGAUUGGCUUCUAAAUUCCAUGCAGUCAGGGUGAUAUUUAUGAUCGUAGUGUUGUUCUUCAUCUGCUGGAUCCCUUUUAACAUUGUAGAACUGCUGCAUUACGAAUUUGAGUCUCUCUUGAGCUGUGAAGCUAAAAAGAAACUCGGUUCCGCUCUUCAUGUCACCCGCAACAAGGCGUACAUUUACUUCUGCAUCAGUCCAAUGUUUUAUACAUUUAUGGAAAGGAAAUUCCAGGAGCACUUCAAACAGCUGCUGGUGAAAUGUUUCCCAGGCCUAAAGAAGCCCAUUUUGGUCAACAAAGACAACACAACAGCAAUUCCCACGGUAGGAACUGAAUACAGUGAUGGGAAGCAAAGCGAGUCUUUCUUAAACACUCCUGAAAACGCUCUGAAAACUCUCGUUUCCACCGAGUCAACGGAGGGAGUAAACACGGGGGGAAGGCUUUCGUGCUAAAAACCACCGCGUGAUCGUUACAUGCAAGAAAAAGUUUCAUGGUAUUUGCAUUUUAUUUUGACAUACUAAGCAGCUCAAUAAAUUCAUUAAAUAGAGCAAUGGUUGUCAGACUGUUCAGACUGAAAGCACCUUUAAAGGAAUAAAACUGCAGGAGAACAAAGACAUUGUUCAAUUCAAUAUUCCUUUGAAUUUCCUUAUUUUCCCUUUUUUCUCAUUUUGUAUGAUGAAAGAAGCAUCCCUUUUUAUUACUUUGUUCUGUGUUUCUUUUAAAAUAAGGAAGCACUAAAAAAAGAGAACUACUUCAAAAGUUCAAGUUAAAAAAUUUAAUAAUCAUUUAAUCAUUAUGAUGUAAAUUUGUACAAAAGCUUUGCAUUUUGUAGGAAUUGCUUGGCCUGAAAUUCAGAUGGAAUUAAUGCUAUGAAUAUAAGAUCAAUACUGAUAUUAUAGGAUUAGUAGUAUUAGUUUCACUUUUAUAUUUCAACUUUUUCAUGAUCACAUGCUAGGUUUUGAUACGGCCCAUGUAAUGCCUUAUGCAUUGCAACACAGGUGAUGUUAGCAGUUUGUUUUGAACAGAUGUGUCAUUUUUAAAUGAGAUCUUGUGUCAGCUUCCCAAACUCUGUUUUCUUGCAAAUGUUUUAGAUAUGGACUCCAAAAACCGUCUGAUAACAGGUGAAUUUUCCUCCAAAGAAUUUGGAGUAACGUUCCACAGAAAAGUCCGGAGACGUUUCCAGUCACUGGGGCUAAAAUACUGUGGGUUUGGUCCAGUCAUGAAUCAUUAGAUCUGGUCCUAAAUAUUUUGUUGAACAGUCACAACAUGCCAUUUCAAAUCCUGUGAUUGUGCAUGCUUUCUUCCAAAACCUUCGGUCGGUUUGGGCAGUUAUGUGUUAGCAUGAGUUGUCCAGGGUGCUGGGAAACAAGAUAUUGAUCGGAAUACCAAAUUCAGUAUCAGAUUCAGAAAAGUUAAAACUGUUAUGUGGGCGUGCGUGUGGGCUUGUGUGUGUUGCUCAACACCAACAUCUGUGGUUUAUGAGAGGAGCAGAUGUUGCUGGGGGUUUAUUGCACAACGUUAGCUUGCAGUGUCAGCAUUUUGUGGCUCAGAAGGUAUCUUGUAAAAAUGCUAACCAAAGCUAUAACAAAAGAUCAUCUUUAUUUUCAUUUUUAAAUAUUGAACAGCUUUUGCAAAUUAAAGACACACCAGCCUCUCCUCCCGCCAUCAAAGAAGACUGAAGUCAGCACCAUUCUGUGUCUUACUGCAGAAUCAGACACACAAGAAAUCAAACAAAGUUGACUGAGUUUUCAAGCAGAUUAAACACAAAUGAGCGAAAAACUGUCAGAGUUGACAUGUUUAUGCUGUAAACCUGCUGCAGUUAUAACUUAUGUCUGGUUUUAUAUGCAUAUUUUCCUUAAGUCUCUUUUUUCCUGUGAUGUCAGGGCAAUUUAAGUCUCAGUUUAGGGUUACCAGGAUUACUUUACUGCACAAAAUGACAUGUAAUUUAGAGGAUUACUCUGCAGAUAGUAUUACUGUAUACCCUGAUAUUAUUCAAUCAAAGCUUACUAGUGUAUAUAUGUACAUAACAGUUUAUAAUUGGAUACCACCCUGCGUGUAUUUGUUUUUGUUUUUUACUGUUGGAAUAUUGGUUGCAGAGAAUCUGGAGUUUGUUCUCAGUUGUUUUUUAUGUUUUAAUUCUGUUUUUUUCUUUGAUAUCUAGAAGUAAGAUUGAUCCAGCACCAUAAAAAGCCACAUGAUAAUAAUUUGUCAUUAUAUUCUUCAUGUUCAUAUGUUUUGCUAUUGCACAAUAAAUGUAUUGCUUUAAAAAA